AACGAGUGUUGGAUCCUCCGUUCUUAUGACUGUCUUUGUGUGAACGAGUUGACUGACCCCACACCCUUUUCUUUACCAUUCUUCUCAUUGUUUUGGUUUUCUCUAACUUACCAAAUCCAAACCAAACCCCAAAAAACUAAAAUCCAAUCGAACAAGUGCUUGUAAAACCGAGUUUCCUUCACACAAACAGCUCAUCACUCUGCGCCGGCCUUGUUCUUUGAAGCCACAGAGAGGAUUCUAGAGAGAGAAUCAGACAUAUAGAGAGAGUGAGGGGGAAGAAAAGGGGAAUACUUUACUGUUUAAUGUUUAUAUAUAGUGAAAAGUGUAUAAGAAAUUGAAGGGUUCAGCUUCGAUUCUUGUGGGUAUGGAUAGAGUGUUUGGAAAGCUUCGGAACUUGGAUGCUUACCCUAAAAUCAAUGAGGAUUUCUACAGCCGUACUCUCUCCGGCGGCGUUAUCACCGUUGUUUCCUCCAUCGCUAUCCUUUUGCUCUUCUUCUCCGAGCUUAGGUUAUAUCUCCACACUGUUACUGAAACAAAGCUUGUAGUGGAUACUUCGAGGGGAGAAACUCUACAUAUCAAUUUUGAUGUUACUUUUCCGUCCAUUCCUUGUUCGAUACUCAGUCUCGAUGCCAUGGAUAUUAGUGGAGAGCAACAUCUUGAUAUAAGACAUGAUAUUUUCAAGAAAAGAAUAGAUUCCCAUGGCAACGUAAUAGAAGUUAGACAGGAAGGAAUUGGUGCCCCAAAGAUUGAGAAGCCUUUGCAGAGACAUGGUGGGAGGCUUGAGAAGGAUGAGAAAUACUGUGGUUCAUGUUUUGGUGCAGAAAUGUCAGAUGAUGAUUGUUGUAAUUCAUGUGAAGAAGUUCGUGAAGCGUAUAGAAAGAAAGGUUGGGGAAUGACAAACCCAGAUUUGAUUGACCAGUGCAAAAGAGAAGGUUUCGUCCAGAAGAUUAAAGAUGAAGAAGGUGAAGGAUGCAACAUUCACGGAUCACUGGAAGUUAAUAAAGUAGCUGGGAACUUCCAUUUUGCCCUUGGGAAGAGCUUUCAUCAGUCAAAUGUUCAUCUGAAUGAGUUGCUGGCUUUUCAAAAUGAUAUGUACAAUAUAAGCCACAAGAUCAAUAAAUUAGCUUUUGGCGACUAUUUUCCAGGAGUUGUAAAUCCCCUUGACGGGGUGCAAUGGGUUCACGAAACACCAAAUGGAAUGUACCAGUAUUUUAUCAAGGUGGUCCCUACAAUUUACACUAAUGUUAGAGGCCGCACUAUUCAGUCAAAUCAGUUCUCUGUGACAGAGCAUUUUAAGGGUUCGGAAAUUGGUCGCUUUCAGUCACCUCAUGGAGUUUACUUCUUUUAUGACCUUUCUCCUAUUAAGGUGACUGUCACAGAGGCACAUACACCAUUCUUACACUUUCUCACACAUCUUUGUGCAAUAAUUGGAGGUAUCUUCACAGUGGCUGGAAUUGUAGAUUCAUUCGUAUACCAUGGUCGGAAGGCUUUAAAGAAGAAAAUGGAAAUUGGUAAAUUCAGCUGAUGUUUUCACCAUUGUGCACUCACUGAUGCGACAUCUUGGUUGGCUUGAGCUGAAUUGUUACGAUAAGGUGGAAACACAGGAUUUUUGUUUUUGUUUUUGUUUUUGUUUUGUUUUUCAAUGGAGGGUGAUUGAUUAACAUGUGAGGAUGUAACUGGUGAGUUGGAUAGUUUAGUAUUUUGAGCUUCAAUUUUUAGUAUUCAAUUGGACAAAUUUCUUUUUUAUGCCUCAGUUUUUUUUAGCAAUUUGUAACUUAAAAUUGUUUAUCCAGAUUUGUUUGAAAUGUAGAUGUUUUAUUCUUCAAAAGUUGGGGUUGGUUUA